AUGUCAUCUGACAGCCACCAGCUCCACACCCAUUGCUACCAAGACUCACUAAGUUCUACUUGUCACAGUCUCUUGAACGUCAACAGUCACCCCCUGUCCAAGAGCUCCUCAAAUCUGGCCUGUAUUGGGAGUUUAGAGGAAAGGCAAAACAAACAGGAGCUGAAGAAAAGCCACAGUAGCACCAUCUGCCAUAUCCUGGAAAACAGGAGUGAUGCAAGGAGUGUGCAGAGUCCUGGAUGGUCCUCCUCACAGCCUGGGAUGGUGGGAAUUGGAUCAGAGGUCCCAACCAUAAAUGACCGGUCAGCCAAUGACCAUUCAGAGGCAAGAACUAAGAAUACAAACCAUGUUCUUGUCACUGAACAGUCCUCAGCAUCCUGGGGAGUGGGGGACACUAAGAUGUGUGUGAAGAGCAGCACUGCUGAGAGUGUUUCUUCAGCCUGCUUUGUUCACCAGCAAGGCAUGUGUAAGAUGGAAGAAUCAGGGACUGCCCUUCAGAGAAGCCACUCAGAUCUAACUUGCAGCUGCAAACAGCAGACUCAUGUCACUCACAUAGAAACCAGUGCUACUCAGUCCAGCCUAAGCUCUUCUGGCUGCAGACAUGGUCCACCAGUGGCUAGGAUGUCUUUCCAAACACAGAGAUAUGGAUCAGAAACAAAUCAAAACACAUCUCACUGUCAAAACCUUGUGACUCAUCUUCCAGUCCUACCUAGAGACCAACAAGUACCCACAAAUACCUUUGACAGUGGCAGUAUUCCACGUAACACUACUGUUUACACAGAUCCUGGCACAUUUCACACUGCUGUUCUAGGACCCCACAUGCCUGGAAACAGUUUCCCAAACAGGACAAUGUUCAGUCAAGCCCCUGGGAUUAUUCAUGGUGGUCUGACUUAUGGUAAUAUUCCAAACUCUGCCUACUCCCCCAUGGUGAUGACGGUUCACAACAACUCAGCGGGGCCCUGCAGUCUCAGGCAGGAUGCCUUGAAGGCAGAUGCCACCAUCCCAGCCUAUUGCCACUCCUUGCCCAUCCCAUCCAUCCAGCUCAUCCCACGGUUGGUGUGCUCCGUAAGUGAGACAGGAAAAGAGCAGGCAGCACCUGGCUACUUUCAUUCCUUUUCUGCUUCAGACAUUCUGACAUAUCCUAAGCUGGUAUCUUCAGUAAGUGAAUCAGGCCUGGAUGCCAAGAAAAUCCUAAAGUGCUGUAAUGUUCCUGGAGAACAACUGCAACCUGCUCCUCAGGAGAGAGCUCCUCCAGAAGCCGAGGCUGCCUGUGUUGCUCUGAGCAGCCAGCAAGGUGCAGACAUGGUAGUGACAACUAAGGAUAUGUGGACUAUGACCUCUAUGAAUGACAUAACCAAAGGCCUGAAACCGGCUCUGGAGCGCAGAGAUGCCGAGGUACAAACUCUUCCAACCGUGGAAUGCAAAUCGGUGGCAACGAGCCCAGCAGCUGCAGCAGAAGGUCACUCACAUGUGUUCCCAGAGGUGAACCUGGAGCAAGGCUUGGAGGCCCCCAAAUCUCCAGUUCGUGAAGUGAGAUGGGAUGAUGAAGGAAUGACGUGGGAAGUGUAUGGGGCAUCUGUGGAUCCAGAAGUCCUCGGGGUAGCCAUUCAAAAACAUCUCGAGUUUCAAAUAGAACAGUUCCAGACAGAGCCUGCUGAGGCAGCUGGGAAAAGUAAUGAGGAGCCACCCCCUGGAAAAACUGGGAAAAAAAGGCCUUUCAGAACAAUGAUGCAUUCCCUGAGAUAUCCAAGCUGUUGUGCUCGCUCCAGUACUGCAGUGGAGUGA